AUUUAUUUCACCCUUAUCCUCGAUCUUCUCACUCAUUUUUCAACCAUCUCUCACUCCCUCUCUCUCUCUCUCUCACACGCUCGCACACACGCAAACGCAUCUUCUUCUCGUUCUGCUCGGAGUGCAACAUUGCAACAAUGGUGAGAGGCUCAUCUCAGUCCCAGUCCUCGUCCUCGGCCACCUCCAGACCCGGCGUUAUGGCUCCUCCGCGCGGCUCCGCGGCUGCGACGGCUGGUAUGCGCCGCCGUAGAAUCGGCGGCACGUCCGGCUCCACCGGCUCUGGCGCGAUCAGCGGCGGCUCCGGUGCCGGUGGAAACAUGCUGAGGUUUUACACAGACGACGCCCCGGGAUUGAAGAUCACACCGACUGUCGUGCUUGUCAUGAGCGUCUGCUUCAUCGGCUUCGUCACCGCGCUCCACGUCUUCGGCAAGCUCUAUCGCCGAUCCGGCGAUGGAGCUUAGCUCUGUGUUCGGAUUUCGAGCUUUGAUUGUUGUGCCGGAGGCGUAGUGAUGAGUGAUCUUGCGUUCCUGACUCGGUAACUGAAUGCUACGUUUCUUCUUUUACUCUGUACAUUUUCGCAGGCUUGUUGAUCAUAAAUCACAGGGUUUCCAUUUUAUUGAUUUCGGAUUCUUCGGAUUUUACUUUGAAGGAAACGAGUGAGUUUUGAUCUUGCUUGGUUUUCAAUCA